AUGGCCAGCAAUCCUUCACGCCGGGCGCAGCUUCGCGGAGCCGCCGGCGCGUCCCCUUGUGAGGGCGCCGAGGGAGCAGCGCUUCCGCCUUCGCUGUUCGCCAAGGGCCCCUUCCCCUUCCGCGCUGCCCUCCUCGCCUCCGCCGCUCCCGACUCGCUUCCGCCAGGCCCUGGCGGGGCAACGCAGUCGGCGGGCGUCGAGACGCCGGCGCAGCGCCGCCAAGCAGCCGCUCCGCCGUCGGACGGCGGUCGGACUGAAGCCGCCCAGUGCGCGGAGGGCGCGGAGGAGAGGGGCGCGAGUGACGGCAGCAAGGGCUUGGGCGGGCCGAGGCGAGGGCUGACGUGUUGGAGUUGCGGGGAGACGUUUGAUGACGUGGCGGAGCAGCGCGCGCACUUCAAGAGCGACUGGCACCGCCUCAACGUCAAGCGCCGGGCAUGUGGGCGCGCAGCGCUGUCGGAGGAGGCCUUUGCGGCGCUGCUGGACGCCAGGCGCGCGGGGGAAGGGGGGGGGAAUGGGGGGAGGAGCCGGGGCACGCAGGGCAGUGCGGAUGCCGGCGCUGCUGUGAGUAGCGGGGCGGGCGGGACAGCAGAGGAGCGGGGAGAGGGGGGGGAAGACGACGAUGACUGGUCGAGCAUUUCAGGGUCGGAGGACGAGCAGGGAGGGGAGGACGCGGACGAGGGGCAGCAGCAGCAGGGGGAGGGGAAGCUGGCAGGGGCAGGGCGGGGGGCGAAGGUGCACUUCGUGCUGCCCCACACGGGCGUCACUUUCGCCCUCUGGCGCGUGCUCUUCCCCCCAGGUGCGCUCUUCCCCCCAGGUGUGCUCUUCACCCCAGGUGCGCUCUUCCCCCCAGGUGCGCUCUUCCCCCCAGGUGCGCUCUUCCCCCCAGGUGCGCUCUUCCCCCCAGGUGCGCUCUUCCCCCCAGGUGCGCUCUUCCCCCCAGGUGCGCUCUUCCCCCCAGGUGCGCUCUUCCCCCCAGGUGCGCUCUUCCCCCCAGGUGCGCUCUUCCCCCCAGGUGCGCUCUUCCCCCCAGGUGCGCUCUUCCCCCCAGGUACGCUCUUCCCCCCAGAGGAGGGCGCAGAUCUGCUGCAGGCGCUGGUGGCGCUGGGGGAGGGCGCAGGGGCGGCGCAUGGGGGAGCAUUCAGAGGAGGGGGGGACGGAAGCGCGGAGGCUGGGGAAACGGAUGGGGGAAGGAGCAAGAGGGGUGGGGGGGUGGAGUCAGCGAGGGGCAAGGCAGGCGGGGGUGCAGCACAGGUGGAGGCGGGGAGAGAAGGCACGCUGGUGGGGAAGUCGGGGGGUCAGGAGAGGGGCGACGGGGGGCAAGGCUGGGAGCGCGUGUGGGUGGUGGUGCUGAGCUCGGGCGGCCACUUUGCCGCCGUGGUGGUGGACGCCGCCUCCCACGGCGCCGUGCUCGCCCACCGCUCCUUCCACCGGUAUGUGGUGCGAGCCAAGGCGGGCGGGCGCCAGGCAACGAGGGACGGAGCGGGCAGAGCGCCGCAGUCAGCGGGGGCCAGUCUGAGGCGCUACAACGAGGCGGCUCUUGUCAAGGACAUCCGAGCCCUGCUGCAGCACUGGCAGCCCUACCUGGCGCGCGCACAGUUCAUCUUCGUACACGCCACCGCACUCAACCGCGCUGCACUCUUCGGCACCGCGGCAGAGGCUCACGCUAGUCGGGGCACAGGGGGGGCUGUGGCGGGGUUGCUGGCGGCGCGCGACCCGCGCGUGCGGCGCGUGCCCUUCCCCGUGCGCCGCCCCACCGUCAAGGAGGCGUUGCGCGUGGCGCACUCCCUGGCACACGUGCACGUGCUGGGGGGGGCGCAGGGGGAAGAGGGCGGGGCGGCGGGAGUGGAGUGUGGGGAAGGGGAAUCGGGUGCUGUGGGUGGCGGCAAGGGGGUGGCGGCAGUGAGGGCGCGGGAAGAAAGGGCAGAGCAAAGGGAGGCGGUGCAGGGAGAAGACAGGGGGCUGGAAGACGGGAUGCAGGACACAGGAAGAGACGGAGAUGGGCAUGUGGAGUUGCAGGGAGAUGGGGAAGGGCAGGAGAGAGGAGAGGCGAGUGGGGCCAGUGGAGGGGAGGUGCAGGAGAAGGAGGCAGCGGGGCAAGGAUGGGGGAGAACGGCACUCCAUGUGGCAGCUGCUGCAGGUGGGUGGGUGGGUAGAUUCACUGGGCUGCACGACUGCAUUGCUUGCUUCAUGUGUGUUUGCCGCAUUUGCAUCACACUCAUCACGCCCAUCACACUCAUCACGCCCAUCACACCCAUUCUAAGCAACCACGCGGAGGUGGCUCGCCUGCUGCAGCAGGGCAGUGACCCCACGGGGCGGGACGGCAGGGGGCGAGUGGCGUACGUGGUGGCGGCCAACAAGGCCACGCGGGACGCCUUCCGCCGCCACAUGGCAGCCCACCCGCAGCAGUGGGACUGGCACGCCGCUGCUGUGCCCAGCGCCCUCACUGAAGAGCUCCAGGCCUCCCAGGCCGCCCGCCAGGUGGGGGGGGGAAUGGUGGCGGAGAGGAAUGAGAGCAGAGCAGCGCGGUGGGUGAGGCUUGCAAGUGGGCUUGGACGCCUGCAGCAAGCCCUCCACCAGAGCGCGCCACCAGCGCCAUCGCCGACACACGCAUCGCCUGCAGAGACUGUAAGGCGCAUGCCUCCAUGCUGCCUUCCUCUCCCUUUCUGCGUGCUUCCUUUCGCCCUCCAUGUGCUGCACUGCACGUGCCUCCGGUCACUGUGUCGCCUUGAGUCUAACCACUGCCUGCUCAAGCCUCCUGCAGCCACUCAUGCAAAUGCUGACGAUUUUGUUCCGUGGCUUGGUGACGCGCCUGCACGCAUGUACCGUAUCUGUGCUGUGCUGUGUGGUGUGCAGGAGGAGCAGAGGAGGGCGAGGGAGAGGGAGGAGAGGGCAGCAGCGGCGGAGAGGCGUGUGCAGCAGCUGGCCGGGGGCACCGCUGCGCCUGCCACGGCCCACCAUGCCUCCCCCGCCACCACUGCUGCAGGCAGCUGCUGCGACUCGUGUGGAGCAUCGCUGGCGGGCAGGACGCCCUUCUCCCGCCUCGCCUUCAACUACUGCACCACUGCAUGCGUGCGCGCUCACAAGACCUCUUCUCGCCUGCAAGGCAAGAAGAACAAGGUUCAGGAUGCAGCGCCCCCCUCGCCUCGCCACCGAAUGACGAAGAAGGCGUGGCAUGCGUACACGGCGAGGGAGAAACUGUACUGGCUGGAUAUGCUAGACACGCAGCCCGAUCUCAGCAUCCGGGGGCUGGCGAGGCUGGCUAACUUGCAACCAAAGCAGAUUCGCGAAUGGCGGAAGUUGAAGGAGCACCUCCUUGUUUCAGCGGCUUGUCGUCGUCGCCUCGUUGGCGGAGGCCACGUGAUGGAGGAGGAGCAGGAUGAAUUUCUCCCCAACCCGUUCUACCCGGCCCCCGUGGUCACCCCUCCCGAUGUGACCGUCGAGAUGGAGGAGGAGGCCGUGCUGGCCACUGAAGCUGACGAAGCCGAUGCGGAGGCUGUACCUGCUAAGUCAGACUUGAGCGAGUCCGACGAUGGAGAGGCGGGCGAAGCUGACGAGUGGAGCGACGAAGGGGAUGAAUGGUGGGCCCCUGGUCGCUAUGAGGGGGCAGAGGUAGAUGAGUGGGUGGCGGGUGACGAAGAUGAGUAA